AUGCUGGAGCAAAUGCUGUCGCAACGGCUGAGCCCCGAGGACACAUAUUCGAUCUCCAGUAGCAGAUGUACGUGCAGGCCAUCUAGCUUAUCGUUUCCAGUCCAGACGAAGAUUGCCAUGCCAGGCCUCGCCGAUUCAUCGCCGCCGGAGGCCAUAGUCAGCAGCAAGACCUCCUCGUCGGUGGCCGUCCACACGGGCGAGCACCUGUUCACCAUCUUCCGCCGCUCCCGGAUCAAAGGCAGCAACACAUGCCUCACGUCCAAGCGCUUCCGCGUCGGCGGUCACGACUGGGUUAUCGACUACUACCCGAACGGCGACUCCACGAUUGCUGACGGGCAGUUCACGUCGGUCUUCCUCAUGCUCAUGAGCGCCUGCAAGCGUGAAGUCAAGCUGUCCUAUACCUUCUGCCUCCAUGACCCGACGGGGGACAAGAACAAAUUCGGCUACACCACCAGGUUUUCGUCCGAGGGGGACAAUUCUGGUACUACAAAGUUUGUGAGCAAAGCUGAAUUGGCCGCGACUGGGGAGGAAGAAGAAAAAAUGAUGAAAUAG